AAAUAACGGUCGCUUGACAGACUGCCGCAGUGGAGGGGGAGACGAGUUCAUUUAAUCGUGCUCUCCGAGGAACCUACAUUCUCAAGUAACAUCAAAUAAACAAUGGCUGAAGGCGAUAAUAAAAGCGCAAAUCUGUUGGCUCAAGAGACGAGUCAGCUGGAAGAGCAACUGCAGGGAUGGGGAGAGGUCAUCCUGGCUGGAGAUCAGAUCCUGCGCUGGGAGAAGCCGUGGUUCCCGGGUGCAUUAGUGGGCGCCACUACAAUCCUCUUCACACUGAUCUACUACCUGGACCCCUCUGUGCUCACUGGUCUGUCCUGCACUGUCAUGAUCCUGUGCCUGGCUGAUUAUCUUGUGCCCACUCUUGCUCCUCGUGUCUUUGGUUCUAACAAAUGGACCACAGAACAGCAGCAGCGUUUUCAUGAGAUCUGUGGAAACCUUGUGAAGACUCAGCGCCGUGUGCUCGGCUGGUGGAAACGUCUGUUUGCCCUGAAGGAAGAAAAGCCAAAAAUGUAUUUCCUCUCUGUGAUCAGCAGUCUUGUGGCAGUGGCCUGGAUUGGACAACAAGUUCAUAACCUCUUCCUCACCUACCUAAUAGUGAGUUUCCUUCUGCUGCUUCCUGGCCUCAACCAGCAUGGCAUCAUCACCAAAUAUGCUGGCAUGGCAAAUAGAGAAGUCAACAAACUUCUCAAACAGAAGGAGAAGAAGAACGAGUAAAAGAUAAGGCUGGAAUGAAAGAAAUUCAGGCAAAUUUGAGUUAAAUGUGGUCAUCUUCCCUGCUUAUUGUCAAAUUUCUACAGACCAACAUAAAGCUUUUGCAGAAACUAAGCUGAUAGUGAUAAGUAACAUCUAGAGAACAGCCUAAAUGUAUGCAGAGAUCUCUUAAGGUUCACGUGUAACUUUGUUUUUAGGUUUCAGUUUGAAGUAUACAUUUGUUUUCCAUCAGAAGUAUUUUAUUUUUUUCAAUGCUGAAAUACUCAUUUCAGCUCUUACAGUCAUGUAUAUUUGCAUGUCAUAGCACAUUUUAUAAGUCUGUGCUAAAUAUAGAGCGCUUAAUUUCUUUGAAUUUGUUAAAUUUGCAAAGCAUCUGCCCAAUGUUUGCUUUACCAAUUUGAUGCUCAGAACACAUCAUCAGAAGUCAUGAAAUGUAGCCUUUUUGUCUACGAAUAGCUUGGAAACAUGCAUUUCUGCACUGUUCUGAAAAUUGCACUGGAAAACCUGAACUGGAGUGUUUGUGAAGCGGACGUUAGACCCAUACUGCUGUACUAGUGCUGUGUGGACCCUCAUUACUGUCCUCUAGCUCUAGCCACUUCCCAAUCGAAAACCUCUGUGUGUGUGUAUGUGUAUGUGUGUGUGUGUGUGUGUGUGUGUGUUUAUACACGUUUAUUUCCUCUCUAUUGUGUGUUCUAUCAGCUUGUCUUAAGUUUGUCUUCUCUCCAUGUCAUUUUACCUGUCGUUUUGUUCGAGUGUGUUCUUUAAAACAUUAAAUUGAUUUGAAACUUA